GUUUUGUGAAGAUGCUGGGGGAUAAGGAAUGCCAGCAUGCUCCACUGUACCCCACCUCAUAUAGUUGUUGUAACAUACUGUACAUGGGAGUCAGCUAGAUGGGUUCAUUAUGAAUUCGAUUAUGGCAAACACAUCAAAUAAUGGUUCCCUGAUUCUGAUUCUUCCUGUAAUUGUGCCACAGAGCAACUUUAAUGGUCGUAUACCUGCAAAUGAUAAUUGCAUUAAGAAAGAGACCAACACUUCAUCAACUGAAUAUAUGAGUGUGAUGAAUGGUUCUCAGAUAGAGGGAAACCUCGUGGACAUAAAACAGGAAGCGGACACAAAUAAAAUUGAAGUUGACGUGAAUCCCGAUAUUGUGAUUAAAAGGGAAGUGGAGCAGUGCAAGCAGGAAAUAUUAGAGGAGGAAAACAAUCCCCCUGCCAAACGAAGAGGAGCACUCAGAGGUGAAACUGUUGCUUCAUAUCCUUCGACAAGACAUGCAAGUAUCACAGCAAAUACUACAUUACAGAACCCACCAGGGAUUUAUACACUCUGCAUACCUAUCAGACACAAGUCACCAACACCAGAGGAAAAAAUCAGUGCUGUAGUAAAUGGGACUUAUUUUAAGACAAUUCUUCCGGAUGAAUUUGAACAUCGAAUCUGCAGUUAUCAAAAAGUUACAGAUGGGGAAAAUUUUAAGGCAACAAUCAGAAUUAAAGCUGGAAGUGAGGAAGAAGUGGAAAGAUGGAUUUUUGCAUUUGAAAAUAAAUCGCUGACAGAUUGGAGGAUUGAAAGAACGUACCCCCACAGUGGUCUAAAAAAUCUUUACAAGGUUGAUCUACGAUGCCAGCAUAACACAAGACCCAGAAGUAAGGAGACACCCAAGGAGGCAAAGAACAGAGCUAGCAAAAAUACAGACUGCCCAGCAACCAUAACAAUCAUUGUGAAGAAAACUAAAUUCAGUAGGAAUCGUAGAUCAAGGUCAAAAGACAGUCAUUACAUAGAAGAAGGAUUCUCAACACUUAUCACCCUGAAGUUUGUUCACAAUCACCCACUCAACUGUGCAGACACACUCAAGUACAGGAGAGUAACAAAGGCUACAGUCAGAAAGCUGGAGGACCUGUUCACUAAUGGUCAUUCCCCAAGAUCAGCACUUGAUAUCUUGCAACAUGAACUGCAGGAGGAGUAUGGGGAGCGCUAUCUUGAAGCCUCUGUGGAUAGGGCCAUCAACCCUGACAUACACUUUUGCAACAGGCUCUACCGUACAAUGUUCCGGAAAGACUAUGAUGCUCCAAAGGGUGAGUAGAUGAUUGAAGAGAGAAUUUCUGAGUACAAUGAAGCAUAAGGAAGUGUGUGAACCAACAGUGAUUGAACCACUGAUGGCCAGAUUAGUUUCUGUGCACACUCAUUAAAGAAAUGUCGUUUUUUAAUGAGGGAGAGAUGUUCACUCUGGAAGGCUUGAUAGAAUCAUUGAGUGAUUCUCUCUGUGCCUCAGUUAACCCUCUGGUAUGCCUGGCCAUGGUUGGAAAUCUCAUCCCCUCGCAGUCUUUCGACACAAAUAACGUCGGUGACAGGAACGGUUUCUACAUUUUAGUAAAUAUUGGGUAGAGUGAUCCAGGCCCAAAUUGCACCCUUUGAGAUGCAUCUGCCAGCUCAUGAAACUAGUGAGUGGAACUUAAGUGGUUGAUAGGGCUGGUUCACUGUUCCCUCGUUUCUGCUUAUGGAGUGGGGGGGGGAUACUCUCAGUGUGAGAUACGGCUGAGUGGGAAGGUCAAGCCAGCACGGGAGUGCUAAUGAUGCAAUCUGCAUAAAAAAACCAUGAGAAAGUUAAGUUCCUCUCCCUUGAGAUUCCCGUGAUGACUUUUGUGUGGCACAUUACCAUCAUUGCCAGUUUUGUAUUGUUCAAGUCUCUACUUUCAAAACAAGCUACCUGAGGUUGCAUAGCAAUGAGAGCACCUGCUCUCUGUGCCAUAUACCAAAAGACCUUACUGUUCUUAUGUGCCUUUCUGUUCCUUCAUACAAAAUAGCUCUGGUUGUGGAAGGACAUAAAAGGUAUUCAAACAAUACUGUAUAGGCUUGUGUCACAGGACCUCAUCAGUUAUAUGUAUGAUGCAGGCAGACAAGAUGAGUACUGUAUGAUGUAAAUGCAUUCCUCUUGGGCACAGAAAAGACUCCUGGGCAUUAUGUUACUGAUGGCUAAAAUAACACUUGUCAGGAGUGACACCAUCAGCUGCUUGUACGAGUCCAUGUAAAGGUGAACAUGUAUCUCCAAAUGACCACAACCCCUUCUUGUUCAAAUAAGUAAAUUAUUAUUAUUAUCAAACUUGUUUAAGCUCAUAAGGGACUUGUCUUUGCCAAAUUUCAAGAAAAUUUGACUUCUUCUGGAACUACCCGGUACUGCAUUUACAUGAAAGAUUACACUGACAUAAGAAGCUUCCAUGAGUCCAUGGUAUUCUGCAAACUGGUUUGGUGACAAGAUUUUUCUAUUACUGUACCUGGAUGUCUUCUCAUCUCCUUAUUUGGUUUGGUUUUGAGCAGACUUGGAAAUCCCACAACAGAUGUUUGCUCGGUGAAGCAAAUAACUACAGUACAUGCUACUUCUGUGAAGUCAAGAUAUUAUCCAAAAGAACACAGUUCACUUAUGGUGUCUCCUCUGUAAGCAUUUAGGUAGAUUGACCUGACUCUGUGUUACCAAAUUCUUAAAAUUUUCUUUCGACCUGAAAUAAAAUUAGAAAAAAUAAA